CCUGCCGUCACCAGGAGGCGGGGAGGUCUACAGUGGAGCCGGGCAUGUUCAAACAUAUCCAGGCAGACCAGCCUACCAAGCUCCACACUGCUGUCAUUGCGCAUGGAUUGGAUUUAUACGCAGACCAUAUGAGAGGUGUUGUACUAUUAAUAUUUUUUAAUAUAUUUAUUAUUUAAUGUCCUGGCUAAAACCAGUGUUUUCCUGAGGGACCCUUCACACCGAGAAGAUGUUUAUUUAAUGGAUUCAUUUUGAGGCGCAUCACUGCUGAGGGCUGUCCCAAGUUUCAGUUCUGUCUUCGGCUCCGCGUUGUCAUGUCUCUCCCGAGCAAAGUGAUGCGAGACGGGCUGCUGGAGAAGCGCAGCAGCGGGCUCCUCCAGCUGUGGAAGAAGAAGCGCUGCGUGCUCACGGAGGAAGGGCUGCGGCUGCACAACUGCAAAUGCGGCGGAGGAGGCGGUGAUGCUCCGAGCUCUGCGUGGAGCUCCAAAGCCAAGGAGCUCCGCUUUGAGCGCAUGGCCACGGUGGACUGCGUGGAGUACAAGCGCGGGCUCGUGUACUUCACAGUGGUCAUGGCUACGGGGAAGGAGAUUGACUUUCGGUGUCCGCAGGACGGCACGGCGUGGAACGCGGAGAUUGCUUUGGCACUGGUGCGCUAUAAGAACCUGCAGGCCGUGCAAACAGGGCGGAACAGGCACCUGUCCACAACACACCUGGGCAGCACUGGGGAGGAUGAGGAGCUCUGACCUGGUGAAGCCUCUCUGAUACUCGGGAGUGAACCAAUCGGAAUUGAGAAAAAUAGAGGACAGGAGAUCCAGCAGCCUGAGGUGCACAGCAUGAUGGGAUGUACAGAAUGGACACCAGUGAAUAUGGAUUAAAGGAUCAAGAAGAAGUUUAUCACAGACACUCUUCUAUUCUUCCUACGUGAGCUUAUUCACGCUGUCAUAGGAACCUGAUCGAUCACUGUAACAUGGAUAAGGUCAUAGUGGAGACCGCUGCAUAUGGAAAAGAUGGCGAUAUCUGGACGGACUCUGUAGAGCUGGGACACAGUUUACCCCUUGUGCCUUGAUGUUUCAUAAAUAUCUUCCAUUCUGGACUUAAUUUCCCAACGUUUUCUAACGUUGCUGAAACAGGCGUCACUUUAUAUCUUAAAUCUUGCUUUUGAUGGAAAUGCAUUGCUGUUUGCCUGGCUUUGAAACCUUUUGUUAUAGACUGAGCAGAUGUGCAUGCCUUUUCUAACGCUGAACACGAAGAAGAAAUAUUUUGCUCAUAUUCAUUGCACAUUGUAUUCUAUACAUUUGUUGAAGCCAUUUACAGUAUUACACUCUGAAAAAGAUUAAAUACAUUUUUGU